AGCAUCACAAUGAGCAGCCGAGGAGAAGACCCAGGAGGACAGGAAGAGGGGGACGAGGAGGACUUCUAUGACUGUCAUGACAUUUUGAAGCCUCCUGAGAUCACAAAGGAGAAGGAACAACAGAAGGAGGGAGACAGUGGAUUGGAGACCCAGCAGGAAGAUGCAGGUUCAGAGGACUGUGAUGUUUCAACAAACAGACAAAUUGACAGAAAAGAAGCGAGUGACACAGAAGGACAGAAGAACAAGGAGGUGGCUCAGGGUGAGAAGGAGCAGGGUGCUGCUCUGCAGGAGGAUUCAGAUUCAGAGCUAAAGGAGGACGUGUUCAGAGGAAUGGACUUUGAUGAUGACUACCUGAGGGAGGUGGAGAAAGAGCUGACAGAAGAGGAGAAACAGAUUCAAAAGCAGCGCAGCUUAACUCUCAAGGAAACUGGAAAUGGACUGUUUAAAGCUGGAGACUGGAGCGAGGCAGCGCUAAAGUACACCGAGGCUUUAGCUUUAUGUCCCAUCAGUUUCAGCCGAGAAAGAGCUGUGCUCUUCUCCAACAGAGCUGCUGCAAGACUGCACCUGGAGCAGAAGGAUGAGGCCAUCUCAGACUGCAGCAGAGCGAUAGAAUUGGAUCCAGACUACUUGCGGGCGUUGCUGAGGAGGGCAGAGAUUUACGAGCAGACUGAGAAGUUAGAUGAAGCUAUGGAGGACUACAAGAAGGUUCUGGACCGAGACCCGAACCACACUGGGGCCAGGCAGGCCUGUAUGAGGCUGCCUCAGCAGAUUCAUGAGAGGAAUGAGAAGUUGAAAGAGGAAAUGAUGAGUAAACUGAAAGACCUAGGGAACAUGAUUCUGCGGCCGUUUGGACUCUCGACUAACAACUUCCAGGUCAACCAGGACACAGCAAGCGGCUCCUACUCCAUCAACUUCGUCCAGAAUCCAAACAGAUGAUGUCAUCAUAACAUUACAUUGUUUCUAAACAGGUGGUGUCAUCAUGACAUCACAUCUGUAAACGGAUGAUGUCAUCACAUCGUUACAGCACCAAUAACAACCAACCAGCAGGUCCUGAAUCAAUGCUAUCCUCUGUCAUUAAUGACCAUCAGAUCUAUUUCAGAACCAGUUCUGACCCAUCUUGGUCCAGGUCACUGAAGAUAAAUUAUUAUUGAAUAUUGAUCACCUUUCAGUCUUUGUUGAAUUUACAGCAGUUGGUUCUGAGUUUAGGUCACUAUAGAACUUCAGUUAGAACCGAGGUCUUUGAACUAUCAACUGCAGUACCAGGUGGUAAUUAAAGUACUUUUACUCCUCAGUACUCAUACUGGAGGUAAUCUGAGUUUGUUUUUGCUUGAAACCUGAACAACUGUGAUGACAGUAAAUAAAACCCAAACUGAAACAUU